AUGUGGUUCGUUAAGCUGACUACGGUUGUCGCAUUCGUGUUGUUCUCGCCCUGUCGAGCUCAAUGGGACGCGUCACGAUUUGCGUGGUAUACUUCUGAUGCUGGUUCCGACUAUGCAUCUACUCUACCUGUCGGAAAUGGCCGACUAGCUGCUGCUAUUUACGGAACAAUAGAUGAGAAGGUCUCUAUCAACGAGAAUUCGAUCUGGAGUGGACCAUGGCAGGAUCGUGCCAACCGCAACUCGAAGAAUGCACUCAGUUCAAUUCGCAAUCAGCUCACCAGUGGACAGAUCACCGCGGCUGGCUCGAGCGUCUUGUCAAAUAUGGCCGGCAACCCUACGUCUCCGAGGGCGUACAACCCCCUUGGCGACAUGACCAUCUCCUUUGGCCAUGCGACUGGAAGGACAAACUACUUCCGUUAUCUUGACACAUACCAAGGUACAGCAUUCGUGAGCUAUGUCUACAACAAUGUGAACUAUACGCGCGAGUAUGUGGCCAGUUACCCUCAUGGAGUUCUUGCUAUGCGAUUCAAAGCACAGACUGCCGGGAAGUUGGAUGUCACGCUCUCGAUGUCCAGAAGUCAAUAUACACUCUCCAACACCGCUUCAUCUUCGAGUGGCAUUUACGAAGUGCACCUUAGUGGCAACAGUGGCCAAAGCUCCGGUGCUAUCGCAUUUUCAUCUACUGCCCGGAUUGUCACGAGUUCUGGCUCUGUGAGUGUUUCUGGUUCUUCUAUCAGGGUAACCGGAGCGACAACUGUAGACGUAUUUCUCAACGCAGAAACUACCUACCGGUACUCAUCCCAGAGUGCUGCGGAAGCCGAGCUUAAUCGCAAGCUUAACGCAGCGGUCUCCGCAGGUUAUGAUGCAGUCCGAAGCGCUGCCAUCACUGACAACACCGGCCUUAGCGGAAGGGUCAAACUUAACCUGGGAUCUUCAGGUACGGCUGGAAACUCUAACACCCCAACGCGGCUUAGCAAUUAUAAAAAUAAUCCGAAUGCUGAUCCACAACUUGCCACUUUGCUGUUCAACUUCGGGCGUCAUUGUUUGAUUGCAUCAUCUCGGGACACCGGCAGUCUUUCCCUCCCAGCGAAUCUGCAAGCCAUCUGGAACAAAGACUUCGGCCCGGCAUGGGGAAGCAAAUACACAAUCAACAUCAAUAUAGAAAUGAAUUACUGGCCCGCAGAAGUUACAAAUCUGCAAGAAACACAUAAACCGCUCUUUGAUCUGAUCGAUCUUGCCAAAGGUCGGGGGCAGGCUAUGGCCCAGGUAAUGUACGGAUGUACAAACAAUGGAUUUGUCUUGCAUCACAACCUCGAUCUGUGGGGAGAUGCAGCACCGACUGAUUACGGAACUCCGUACAUGAUGUGGCCCAUGGGUGGUGCUUGGAUGGCACUGCACUAUAUGGAACACUACCGUUUCACCGGAAACCGUACGUUCCUACAGACACGUGCUUGGCCCGUCCUUCAGAGUGCCGCGAACUUCUACUAUUGCUAUCUUUUCAACUGGAACGGCUACAUGACUACUGGGCCAUCUUUGUCCCCCGAAAACACCUUCAUCGUUCCAUCAGGGAUGUCCACGGCAGGAAAGGGAGAGGGCAUUGACAUCAGCCCCCAAAUGGACAACUCACUGCUUACGGAACUAUUCCUGGCUGUUAUUCAGACUUGCCAGAUUUUGGGAAUAACAGGCUCAGACUUGACUCAAGCUCAAGGCUAUUUGUCCAAGAUCAGGCCACCGUCAACGGGAUCCUACGGCCAAAUACUCGAAUGGCGCCAGGAAUACGGCGAAGCUGAGCCCGGUCAUCGCCAUAUGUCUCCAAUCUGGGCUCUGUUCCCCGGGUCGGGCUUUACACCGUUGAACUCGUCCACAAACUCCGCAGCCGCCAAGAAACUCCUGGAUCAUCGUAUGUCGAACGGUGCUGGCAGCACUGGCUGGGGCCGGACCUGGGUGAUGAACCUAUAUGCUCGUCUGCUCGACGGUACCUCGGUUUGGAAUAAUGCAGUCGCGUUCAUUCAAAAGUAUCCUUCGCCCAAUCUAUGGAAUACCGAUAAUGGUCCCGGCACCUCUUUCCAGAUUGAUGGAAACUUCGGGUUCACCUCGGGAAUCGCUGAAAUGUUACUUCAAAGUCAUAAUGUCGUCCAUUUGUUGCCGGCCUUGCCACCAGCCAUCCCCACAGGAUCGGUUACCGGACUCGUAGCUCGCGGAGGCUUUGUGGUGGACAUCAGUUGGUCCAGUGGUGGGCUCAGUAGUGCCAAUAUUACGUCCAACAAUGGAGGGCAACUAGCCUUGCGUGUUGCCAGUGGUAGUACCUUUUCAGUUAAUGGUAUUUCUUACACUGGUCCGAUCUCAACGACCGCCGGUAGUACAUACAGGGUCGCACGUUCAUAG